ACGCAUGCGUAUAACUGGUCGAAGUAUUGCAGGCGCACGACUCGACAAGCAACAGAGUGCUGUGUACAUCUCCGCCUACGUAUUAUUAUUCGUCUGUCUCAUAACCACGCUUUUUGUUGAUCGUGAUCAACCACGAGUUCUAAAUAGUUUCGAAUCAUAUAGAUAAUGAAUUCAUCAUUUGUAAAAGACGUACUAUGGCUUGUCGACAAAACGACGUAAGAAGAGUUUAAUGCGAUAUAAAGGCAAGCAUGAUUCUGGCAGGAUCAGACCAUUUUCUGGCGGUACCGGUGGAAGCAACAGCAUUUCUGGGUGCUGUUGCUGGUUUUGUGGUUCUUCUGUUGGCUCUUUUCCUGUACCUAUCACGCAAAUGGUGCCUUAUUCCGCCGUCCACGACCACACUUUUCGGCGGCGUUUGCGUGCCUCUUUGCGAAUCUAAUAAUGGCUCCACUUCUCAAAUUACAAAGAACAUAGGGAAGGCAUUUUCCUAUUCGGAUCCAGAGACUAGUUCCGAUUCGGAAGAGGAUGUCCUUCGUCGGUUGAAUUCUCACUCUCAUCCACCGCCGGAUACUUUAACUAUCCAAGCAGAGGAUGGACCGACUAUCCUGGAUGCUGGCACCACUUCUAGCAGCUGCACAGAAGAACACUCGUCCAAUGAUCAACAACAAUGCGUGGUAGAAGUGGGAGCUUCCGGUCUUGACAGUAGAGAACAAGAAGUAGAAGUGGAGCAAAAUGGUUCAACUACUAAUGACGUUAUUACAACAAUGGGUACUAUCACCGAAGAAGUGGGUAGUUUGGAAGUCGCUUUUCUAUAUGAUGCACCGAUGCGUGAGAUGACGGUUCAUGUAUUGCAAGGCCGAAAUUAUCCUGAAGGUAUAGGAGGUAGUCAAGUUCGACUAGUAUUAUUACCAUCGAAGAAACAACGACGCAAAACUCGGGUACGCCAGGGUACAUCUCCACAAUACAUGGAGAGUUUUUUACUUCCACGAGUAAAUCCGGAGGAUGUAAAUGCCAUGGGUGUACGCUUAAGAGUAUAUUUAUGGGGUGGAAGAAUGCGUAGAGAGAGAUUGCUAGGCGAAGCGAGAGUUUCUUUCGAUCAAAUUAAUCUUCAGCUUGAAACUACACUUUGGUUAACGCUACAACCUCCACCUUUUUCUUCGGUUCAAGAUUGGGGAACAACUAGUAGUUUGACUCGCAGCGAUUCUACGGGAUCACAACAAUCAGUUCAAUCAUAUGCAUCACCUACUGCACGUGUACCAACUUACACAUCGCAUACUAUACCUCCUUAUGGCAGUAGUAUGAAGGGUGGAAGUGUAGCGGAGAUUUUAAUAGGUUUGGCUUAUAAUGGAACGACCGGACGUUUAUCGGUAGAGAUAAUCAAAGGAUCUCAUUUUCGUGGUGGUGGUGGGAAUGACACGAAACCACCUGAUACAUAUGUUAAACUUUCUCUUGUGGAUAGUAAUGGUCAUGAAAUGGAACGAUCAAAAACUGGUUUGAAACGUGCUCAGCCGAAUCCUCUUUAUAAGGAAACAUUUAUAUUUCAAGUUGCACUAUUCCAACUUGGAGAUGUAACACUCUUUUUAUCGGUUUAUAAUCGACGAAGAGGCGGAAUGGGAAGAAAAGGAAGAGAAAUGAUCGGUUGGCUCAGUUUGGGCUUAAACAGUUCCGGCUCGGAGGAGCUUCAACAUUGGAAUGAUAUGCGUGCAGCAAGGCAACCGACGCAAGUUCAACGUUGGCACUCGUUGCUACGUCCUUGAAACAUACGAUCACGAAAGAAUUUUUGUUACAAAACAACAUUCCAUGUUAACGAUAACGAUAUGGUUUGAUCAAUGGAACACGGUGCAGAUUACGGUUAUUCUUGCAUACCGUGAUAUAUGACUGAUCGUGUAGCAAAGCAACUGAAUUUUUCAAGAUGAAUGCGGCUGCGUUUUAUUGGAUGCCGUUUGUACUGCCCGAACAGAACAAAGAAGUCAAUAUAUUGAUCUGUUGAUCCUGUGAAUCAGAGCUGUCAUAAUUUAGCAUGUGGUAACUCUGAGUUCAAAACUCUAUCGAUGUACCAAGUACAUUCCUUUUUGAUACGGCGGACGGAGUUGAGGGUGUUUCCAACAUACAUAUUACGUAUGUAUAUUACAUAUACAAACAGAGAAAGAACGCGACGCGUGUACAUUCAUACACUUACACGUAUUUACCUACAUAUACGCACAAUACAUUUCAAUUACACGCGCAUACAAAUAUGCAAACAUACAUUUCGUCGGUCCCAAAAGUCGAAUGUAUACAUUACCAGAUGGACCGCGAAACUGACUUCGAUUCGAUAUGUGCCUGAGCAACACCUUAAUCGUUAUUUUUUACUUUGUGCCUUUCACCCUUUUUAGGCCGUGUGUCCAUCGACGGAGAAUCGUCGUGGGAUACCCAGCCGAGUCGAGAGCCCAUUAUGAAUCGCGAUCCUCUAGUCGUUCUCCUUUGGACGAAUUAAAUUAAACUAACGUAACUUUUCCUCUCUCGACUCCGCGAUACUUUCAACGGAAUAUUCGAUUUGCAGUGCUUAUUUGUUCGAUACGUUCGAUACUACGAAUCUUGGUGUUUUGAUCAUAUGGUUCGAGAAUGGAUUGAUAUGCAAAAAGAAUUAACCCCUUGUUGCAUUUGUUCGAUUUUCGACUAUUACUCUUUGUAUGAAAUAGAAAACAAUAUUCCCAAAUAAACAAAUAGGUUAUAUUAAUUUCUUAUAUAUUUAUGUCUAUUUAUUUCUUUUCUAUCUAAUAUUCUUCGUACAUGUAUAUAUUUAUUUAAUAUUGAAUAAUAUUAAAACAACAAAAAGUUACGUCAACAAUGAUAACUUUUCCAAGUUAUUUGAUAUCAGUUAAUCAAUAUAUGUACUAACAACUAUAUUUAUAAUUAUGUGUAAGCGCUACAUUAUGAAUAUUUCGUGUAUGCAAGAUAUCGGUUAAUCAAUUAAUAGCAUCGAGGGGUUAUAGUUAAUCGAUGAAAUAAAAAGAAUUAUGUAUUAUGAGAACAGAUUCACAAUUCAACUACGCACAAUAAACUCAUAAAACACCUUGUAAAUUCAGAUGUGAUCGUAGAGUUAAUAUUACUAAUAAAUUAGUAAUAUAUAUUAUUGUGAGUAUAGAUUACAUAGAAAUGUUUUUUUUCACGCAUUUAUAUUAGUGGGAAUUGGUUACUGAUGAAAUGGGCGACUGAUUAAUGAAUAAAAAAUAUCAGAUACUAUGAAUAGUUUAAUGCUUGACUUUUUCAAGCUUUAUAUAAUAUUUAGAUGAUUAUCAAUGAUUAAUCCAUGCUCGAACUAUUCUCUCGUUUACGUAUUUAGAUAAUAUAUAACACGAUUGCAAGGACUCAGAAGUUCUUUUGAUACAAAUAUAAGUAAAUAAAUACUUAUUAUGAAUUUUCUCUAUAAAAUAUGCAAAAAUUCUUUUUAUGAUGCUUUCUUCGAAAAAAUAUUUUUAGGGCUUUCAAAUUUAGCAUAAUCAUCAAUAAUCGAUAAUAUUGUAGUGAUGACCGUUUGUUGAUACGUCUAACUUAACCUUUUUAGGAAGCGAGAAAAAAAUAAUGGAAGAAAAGAAUAUAUAACAAAGUAUACAAUUGAAUUAUUCAAAUUUCUACUUUGAGUAAAGUUUUAAGCGUAAUAAGAUUUUAGCUAGCAUUAUUAGGAUACUUUUUUUACUUCUGAGUCCUGGUAAAAUAAAUCGUAUAUUGUACAGUCUGUUUAUAAACAACACGAUGUUGAACGGAGAUGAGAGAUUUGAGAAAAAUGUAGAAAAAGCAUAUUCGGUCUCUCGUCACGGAUAAAACGAAUGUAACGUGGAUAAAAACAGAAUGUUUUCGAAAUAUUUAUGACGAUACUUAAUUAAUGAGUAAGGCUUUUUCAGGGUGAUUUCUAUGCCUUUGAUUGUUCCCGAUUUGUUACGAUAUAGUUGUAAUUGCAUCGAACUAUUUUAGAGCAAAUGACUGGCUUUUGCGAGAUGAUUCAAUGAUGAUGAAAUGCAGAAUGCUUGAUUAAAGAUAUUUAAGAUAUUGAUUAGACAAAAAGAGUGUAUGAAGUUAAAUUUUAUUUAUCUAACUACUAAUGUUCUACGAGCAUGAAUGUAUGGAAUGAAAAGAUACUGACAUUACAAUCUUGUUCUCUGGUGUUUUAUUCUAUUGUGUCGCUUUCUCGAGUGUUCGGUGCUUAUAAUGUCGAUA